AUGGUUGAGUCACAGCUACAAUCUAUUGGUAUCGGUGUUAGUCUUGGAAUAGUUGGACUCAUUGGAUACUAUAUUUACGAUGCUUAUCGACAAUCAGUCAAACCCUCAAAAUAUAUGUUAGCUACAGAAAAAAUGGGAUUUAUUGGCUAUGAGAAAAGUAAUGGACAAAGAGUCACUAUGGAACAACAACAAGAAGCUUUAUUAAGAAUCUUCCAAUUAGCCGGCUAUUUCACCUUACCAAACAUCUGGCAUGAUUUGAAUUCGAUUCAAUGUAUAAAGAAUCUCGAAAAUGUCUUUCAAGAGAUAUCAGCUGUGGUGAAAUUUUCAAACGCUGAUCAAUCAGAUCCGAGACAAUUCAAUGCAAAAUACAUGCGGAAAAAUCUGUUUAAAAGUAAUAAUAUGGAUCUACAAGAUGCCUUGGACUUGAUCUUGUACAUCAUACAAUAUGCUUAUACUCGACAAAUUGGACAAGAACGAUAUGAACUUGUUUCACCUGACUGGAUCAUCACCUAUGCUAAUGAAUAUCGUCAAGCCGCUCGACUAUUGCGUUUGAUCGAUCGAGAAUAUCCAUCAUUGAAUGAGUACGAUGGUGCUUGGAGUGCUGGUGCUGCUCGUAUUGACUUAGUACAACGAAUUCUUGAUUUUAAUUAUCAGAUUAUGACACGAAAUAUUAAGAUCGAUGGUGAAACACUCGUUUUAGCCGGCGAACGAGAAAUUUGGGCUAAUAUCGAUGGCAUUUCCCCUUCAAUAAGAAAACAAUUACUGAAAAUAUCUCAGAAUAAUAUCGAUAUCGAUACUAUAUCUCUUUUAUCAUCUACAAUUGACGAUAGUGCUCGUAUUAAUGAAGGUAAAUCGUACAUGAUUCAUUUAGCGAAGUCUUAUAAUAUAAAAUUGAAUGCAUCACAACCAUUUAUUCAAUAUCAAAGCAAGGAGGAAUGCCCACUGGAUCGUUUUCCAGAUAGAAUCUAUGCCAAUUAUGAUGUGAAUGAAACAUCUAAACUAACCGAAACUCUUUUAUCACGUGAUUUAUUGCAAACUUUUUCAAAUAACAUCGCAAAUAAAAUAUGCAUUAUUGAUACAUUAGCUCAAGAACAAAUUCGACCUAAUACAGCAUCGACUGCUCGAGAUGCUGCUGAAAGACUGAUAAAACGUAUUCUUAUUGGUGAUUAUGGAGAUAAAAAGAUAUUUUUUAUUUUACUUUGUACGAAUAAUCCCUACAUCGAACGACAAACAUUAACUACUCAAAGACAUGUUAAUGGAGUGAUGGAAAAAUAUGGUUUGAUUGAAAAAGGUUAUCAAAUUAAAAUCGAAGGUUUUGGUUGUUCGUGUAAACAACCAUUAAUUAUCGUGCAUUCCGAACUUAGUGCAUUAAUUGCUGAGAAAUGGAAAUUCGCAGUUAAUGAUAUUCAAAAAUCUCUGAGAUUAAAGCUAAAACGAGAUGUUAAAACUUUAUUGUUUAAAACGCGUGAUAAGAAUAUUGUUGUGGCAGAUCAGCCGAAGAUUGAGAUAAAUCGUCCUAAUAACUUUAUUAAAAAUUGGUUUGACUCAUAUCUUGUCUAA